AUGUCUUCAACAACCACUCUUGCGCCCUACAAGGCCGAUUUCCUCAAGGCGUCGAUCGAGGGCAAAAUCCUCAAGUUUGGCAGCUUCGAGCUCAAGUCCAAGCGCAUUUCUCCUUACUUCUUCAACGCCGGCGACUUCUUCCGGGCCGACCUCCUGCAGGCCAUCUCCAAUGCCUACGCCAAGGCCAUCAUCGAGGCCCGCGAGCAGAUUGGCCUCGAGUUCGAUGUAGUUUUCGGCCCCGCCUACAAGGGCAUUCCAUUGGCCACCGCCACGGUCGACAAGCUCUGCCAGCUUGACCCCAAGAACUACGGACAGAUCUGCUACUCCUUUGAUCGCAAGGAGGCCAAGACGCACGGCGAGGGGGGCAACAUUGUCGGCGCACCGCUCAAGGGCAAGAAGGUGCUCAUUGUCGACGAUGUCAUCACUGCGGGCACCGCCAAGCGGGACGCGAUUGCCAAGAUCAAGGCCGAGGGCGGCGAGCCUGUGGGCAUCGUCGUCGCUCUGGACCGCAUGGAGAAGCUUCCUUCCCCCGACGGAGACGACAGCAAGCCCAUGCCGAGCGCCAUUGGAGAGAUUCGCAAGGAGUAUGGCCUGACCAUCAUCGCCAUCUUGACCCUGGACGAUAUUGUUGCCGGGAUGAAGGACUUUGCAUCAGCGGAAGAUAUCAAGAGGACAGAGGAGUACCGGAGCAAGUAUAAGGCUAGCGAUUAA